CGAGAAAAUGACUCACAAGUUUUGGAAUUUCUUCUUCGUGGGUUUUCAGACGAACCAGAACUGCAGCCCCUCAUAUUUGCGAUUUUCCUGUCCAUGUACCUAAUCACUGUCUUUGGGAACCUGCUCCUCAUCCUGGCUGUGAUCUCAGACCCCCACCUCCACACGCCCAUGUACUUCUUCCUCUGUAACCUGUCGUUCGUGGACAUCUGUUACACCUCCACCACUGUGCCCAAGAUGCUGGUGAAUAUACAGACACACAACAAAGCCAUCACCUAUGAAGGCUGCAUCACACAGUUGUAUUUCUUCAUAGUCUUUGUAACAUUGGACAUCUUACUCCUGACCGUGAUGGCCUAUGACCGUUUCGUGGCCAUUUGCCAUCCCCUGCACUAUGUAGUUAUCAUGAACCCUCAGGUUUGUGGACUCCUGGUUCUAGGAUCAUGGGUUCCAAGCAAUCUGAUAUCACUGUUGCAAAGCUUAAUGAUACUGCGACUGUCCUUCUGCACAGAUUUGGAAAUCCCCAGCUUCUUCUGUGAACUCAAACAGAUAGUCCCACUUGCCUGCUCUGAUACAUUUCUGAAUGACUUGUUCAUAUAUUUUGGUGCUGUUUUGGUGGGCAUUUGUCCUCUCACUGGAAUCCUAUACUCUUACUCUAAGAUCAUUUCCUCCUUACGUGGAAUCUCUUCAGCCCAAGGGAAGUAUAAAGCAUUUUCCACCUGUGUGUCUCAUCUCUCCGUGGUCUCUUUAUUUUACUGUACAAGCCUUGGCGUAUACCUGAGCUCUGCCAGUCCACACAACUCAUAUUCUAGUGCCUUCGCCUCGGUGAUGUACACGGUGGUCACCCCCAUGCUAAACCCCUUCAUCUACAGUCUCCGGAACAAAGACUUAAAGAGAACUUUGGAAGCAUUCUUUACGAGGGGACCUACAAAAGGUUGA